AUGGACGCGACUGAGUCUCCCGCGACGAAUGCGUUCGCGCAUUUGACCAAAGUGCCGAUAGCUCAGCUUUCGCCUGAUCUUGAGAACUCGGCCCAGAAAUUUUUCCUUGCAGCUGUGGCACUUGUAUGGCCCUACUCCUCCUCAGCCAAAUGCGUGAGCCUUUUGCUGGUGGAGUCUGACGUCCGCCUGAGGCGCGACAAAGGACAAAUCAAAGUCACAUUUCAUGGGCAUAUUGCGGAAAAGAUCGCGGAAUCGCAUAUUGGGAUUGGGGAUACCGUUCGUCUGGCUUUGAAAGGCUCUAAGUUCGUCAACAGCGAAGGCAUCCCGCAAACUCCGGGAAGGUCUGUCGCAUGGGAUGCGCACUUCGAAGAUGGGGUGUCUCUAGAGGUACCUGCUCCCCACUCCUAUAUCCACCCUCGAUCAUCCGAUACAACAUUGACAAUAUCAGUUGCACCACAAGCGACAGCGCCGCAUGAAACCCAAAUCGCGCCGCCCACCACACCUGCUAGGAAUCCGAUCAAUCCCGGUCUUGACCUAGCUUCUAGUGCAGGCUCUUGGAGCUCACCGGCAUUCCUCAAGCCUACAAGAACCUCAUUUGGAGCAACGACUCAUUCCGCUUUCGACCCUUUCGCCGAAGAGGAUGGGUUUGUGCCGGGAAAGGGAAGAAAGAGGCCAAGAUACAGCUUGCAAAGAGACGACUGGCAAGUUCUGACUGGACCUGAAAUCCCGGAAGAGCAAGAAACCCCUGUUGAUUGGGAGAAGGCCUUGGAUCAAGCCAUUGAUCGAGAGCUCGCUGAGGCGGAGGCGACGAGUGAACCUUCGGACGAGCUUAUGGCCGAGCCCGAGGAACCUCCGACCUACAUGGAGGAUGCCUCAGAGGAGCCAGCCACAGAAUUCGCGAAACCUUCUCUCGAGCUAACGGACAGCAUCCUCGAGAGACGUGCCGGCGGGUCACACGACGUCUCAUCUCAUGAACAAGUUGAUAUUCACGGAAUAUCUUCUCAACUACCGACCGACACCCCCCAGCUCCGACCCGUCCCUUCUCCGGGGCUCCCAGUUCCCUCGCCACUCAUAUCUAGCCACACCGGCUCAGCCGAUUAUUUCCCGCCAUGGGCAGCGUCCUACCAAGCGCAAGAUACCCAGUCUGUUCCCACCGAGGUAGACAACAUAGCCAGCCCUCCAGAAUCUACCUUUGAGGCUCAAGAUACCGAAGUGGUUCAUUAUACUUCAACGGAGGUGGCGCAAUCAGCCGACCCUGAUGUUGGUCCCAUCGAGCAGGAACAUGUUCUUGAUGCCGGCUUUCUACUUCGGACCGAUGCAGCAUCACCUUCGAGCUCGACCGGCUCGCUUGUUGGCCAUGAGAUUGAAUCAAUAGACGAUACGGAGGCUGUUGAUGAGUCGGGGAUCGCUCAAGCUGACGUUGCCGUCGAGAUUACUGUUGACGAAGCUCAAGUACCGGACGAAGAAUGGCAGGAACGUACGUCCGACGAUGUUGUUCUGCCUCAUGGCCGUUUAGAUGCAGGCUCGGUCGCGGCGGAUAGUUUAGACGAUCAAGUUGAAGUGCUUGAGGGGUCCGCUACCGCUCAAACUGAUAUCGGUACUGAAAGUGGUACUGAACGUGCCGAUCACCAAGCUCAAAUAUCCAAUGAAAGGCCUCAUGAAGAUUUGGUCAACGAGAUAACCUCAAAUCGCGACCAGUCUGAGCCCGCUCUGGGCUCAGGAGAUGAACCGACCGUUUCCCCGGAAGUCAUCGCGGAGCCGGCUGCAGCUCAGGUUGCUGAUAUUGGCAUGGAAGAUGCCGGCAACACAUAUCCGGUCUCGGAAGAGCUGCAGCAAGCCAAUGUCCUCCUAUCCCGCGAACGUUCAAUCUUAUCCACCCACUCCGACGACGAGUCUGCAGAAGUUUCCGAUGGUAUUGAGGAAAUAAACGUGGCCCAAUCCAGUGUCAGCAUCGGAGCUGCCAGCGACAAUGCGAGAUCUUCUCGGGGUCCAAGCGAAAUUGGUGACAAUGAAAAUCGUGCGCCAGUACUUCAGUCGGGGGACUUGCCCCCUCCGCCCGCCGCCUUUGACCAGGAUGCCAUAGAUGCUCUCGAAAUGAUGAUAGCCACGCGCGAUGAAGAACUUGAGAAGAAAAGAAACAUGGGAGCAUCAACCACGAAUGAAGGUGAUAUAGAAGGUUCGCUUCUGGCCGAAGGGACUAUUGAUCCUGCGCCGACCCAGGGAUACAGCGAGGAAGAAGAUGAAGUGCUCGAGGAUGAAGAAGAGUACGAAGAGUCCCCGGGUGAUUACGAGUCUCGGUACGACUAUGAUGAGGAUAGACAAGACGAUGUCAGCGUCGACGAAUCCGGCGACGACGAAUCCGAGCCGCAACGAAACCUAGAUUCACGCACAGGAGCUCACGACGUCAUUGUGCUCGACAGUGACAGUGAUGAUGAGCCUGUCUCCAAUCAUCCAGCAGCCCCUACUUCGCAGUCUCCAGAUAGCGAGCUUCGCUCAUACCACUUCGAACCCGCAUAUCCAGCCGACGUUGAAAUGAGUAGACAGGAGAGCCCAGGUCCAUGGUAUGUCGAUGGAGUGUCAGACAAUCACAGAGCUGCGGAAGAAGAGUCCGACUCCGAUGAGUCCCACGAGAGCGAAGAAAGUGAGGAGCCGGAUUACAAUGAGCAAGAUGGCCGGGUCUACGAAAGUGACAUUGAGAGUGAUGUGUACAGUGAUGCGGAGGGUGAAUCAGCAGGAGAAUUAUAUGAAACAGGUCCUGUGUCCAGAACGCCACCUCUUGGCCCUGAUCGUCAAGAUGAAGAGGAAGUAGUGGCCGACGCAGAGCUCAUUGAAGAAACAGAGCACGUGGAAUCUGCUUCUGCGACCAGUCCUGACUCGCAGGUACAAGUGUCGGUCGAUCGGGAGUCUGGUGGGGAGCCACCAAGCAAUAUUGAUCCAAGUCUAUUCGAUACGGUUGAAGGACAACAUGAGAUUCAACCAGCUUCCGUCGAGGUCCCUGGCCGGCAGGUAUCACCGUCUGGUUCCGAAGGAGCCAGUACGUCUCCAGAUAGUGGCAGACAAUUUGAACCCCAUAUAUCUCCAUCGGUUGCGAAUGAUGUCGCGGAUUCACCGAGCACGGAACCGACAAUCGAAGGGCCAGCCCCCCUUGGCGGUUUACCCUCAUGGUCAUCUAUCAUGCCUCAGUCUGAGGGCCAACUCCUGACUCCGGAUCCCACCCAGGAGAAUGCGUUCCCUCGAGAACAACGCGAUGAUUCUGAGCCGAAUAUUACGUUCGUCGCCGAAGAGAAUGAACCCUCUCCUGGUCUGGGCGUAGUCCUGCCGUCUACUGGUUCGUUGGAGAUUGAGGGAGACAACUCUCUUGAGGCGGAAACUGUAGAAAUUGCAGAGCAAAUGCCCCGUCACGAACAUGACGAGGCGUCAACUCUUUCCGACGUCGUUCAGCCCGCAAUGUUGCCAACGACACCCAGGCGUAGCUCCUCCGCGGACGUACUGGUCAGCACUGAAACACCCAAAACACCGGCAUUAGUCAUUACACAGGCUCCAGGUCCUGACCGUCACGCCGCUGGACUACGUAGCAAGCUUUCUUAUUUCGCUCCGCUUGCUACCCUUUUCGACCAUUACAAUGCUUUGGUCGAUACCGUCUCAAUUGUGCACGAGGCUUCACCAAUAAACCGUGCGAAAUCAGGUUCAAAAGACUGGUUUGUGACCAUUGAUCUCACCGACCCCUCCUUGGCUGGCACAACCAUUCGUGCCCAGAUCUUCCGGCGCUACAAAUCCGCGAUUCCAUCACUAACUCAAGGCGUCGCUAUCUUGCUGCGCGACUUCAAGGUCCGUAGCCUCAAUCAUACCGCGAUGCUUGUCAGUGUUGAAUCCAGCGCCUGGGCCGUGUUCGACGGAUCGAGUCUGGAUGUUGAAGUGAACGGACCUCCUGUCGAAUUUGACUCGCAGGAGCGUGCCUUCGCGUCUGGCUUGCGUCGAUGGUACAGCGAGGCUGGCUCCGGUUGGAUCGCAGACCAUAUGCUCCAGGCCUCUAUCGAGAGGGACAGUUUGGAGCCUGACCUUGACCUUACGCCCAGCAGUCGAGCAGCAAGCGAGUCGAGCACCCCGGAUUCCAAGCGCGGCUCUCAUCGUAAACGCAGGGCUCAUCAGAGGGUCGCUAUUCAUGAGCUGCGGGAUGGCACUCGAUAUACCGAUGCCGGGUCCCCGAAUAGUCGGAACAGCAGUGUGCACGAGUUGCGGGACGGCACGUUGUAUGCCAAUCUUUGA